UAGAUUUCUGUACACGUUGAAGUUGGACAGCAGUUAUGUAUAAUACGCAUAUAUACCCCACAUUCACCACUUACACUGAACUUAUCCACACCCCACCGCUUCACGCGCGCCCACACCCUCACCUUCCCCCACCAUUAUAAAACAAACCAAACUCCCCCUGGCCCCUUCAUGAUUUCACCGCAAACCAGACAUUCCUUCGGUUCACUCUUGCUCCUUUUCCUCGUGUUGUUGCAGAAGCGAUUCCAAAUGGGCUUGCUAGAAGAAAACCCUAAUCAUUCCAAGACCAUCCUGAUCCGCGAGGUCUGGGCAUCCAACCUCGAAUCCGAAUUCCAGCUGAUUCGUCAAGUCAUCGAUGAUUACCCUUUCAUUUCCAUGGACACCGAAUUCCCCGGCGUCGUUUUCCGUCCCCACACUGUAGACCCCACAAAACCCUACCUCCCACCUUCCGUCCACUACCGCUUUCUCAAGUCCAACGUUGAUGCACUUAACCUGAUCCAGAUCGGUCUCACUCUCUCUGAUUCCAACGGAAAUCUCCCCCACCUCGGAACCGCCAACCGCUUCAUCUGGGAAUUCAACUUCCGUGACUUCGACGUGGAGCGUGACGCCCACGCGCCUGACUCCAUCGAUCUCCUCCGCCGCCAGGGAAUCGACUUCCGCCGCAACGCGGCGGAGGGCGUCGACUCCUACCUGUUCGCCGAACUCGUGAUGUCCUCGGGACUCGUCUGCAACGACUCGGUGAGUUGGGUGACGUUUCACAGCGCGUACGAUUUCGGGUACUUGGUUAAGAUCCUGACCCGGCGGAGCCUGCCGAGCGGGUUGGAGGAGUUCUUGAACAUGUUGAGGGCGUUUUUCGGGAACAACGUUUACGACAUAAAGCACAUGAUGCGGUUCUGCGACACGCUCCAUGGCGGUCUGGACCGGCUCGCGCGAACCCUAAACGUGGACCGGGCCGUUGGGAAAUGCCACCAGGCCGGGUCUGAUAGCUUGCUGACGUGGCACGCGUUUCAGAAAAUGAGGGAUAUUUAUUUCGUGACGGAUGGGCCCCAGAAACAUGCCGGUGUUUUGUUUGGAUUGGAGCUCACUUGCUCAACCAGUUGAGAAAACUGACAAUAUAUAUACAUAAAUAAAAAAUUUAUUCAUUAUUUUAUUUGUCGGAUAAA